UUUUUUGAUGCAUGCAUUUUUUCUGUUUUGUUUUAUUUUGUUGAAAUUUUUAUUUUUAAAAAGCAGAUAAAUUUCAUCAUGGCCAAUAAUGAUGAUGAUGAUGGUUUUAUUAAAUUUGAAAUAACCGAUCAAGAUUUAGAAUUUGGUCAAGGAAAUCAUCGUUCAAAACGAAUGACUAAAAAUCAGGCUAUUUAUGGAAUAUGGGCUGAAAGUGAAAGCGAUGAUGAUGAUGGAGAUAAAAAACAACGAAAAAAACGUACCGAUUAUACAUCUUCGGUUAGUUUUGUCAAAAGUGAUAAAAAACUUCAAGAUGAAGUCAAAGAUAGAAAACCAUCAUCAUCGAAAACGAAUGAAUCUUCAAGACAAACACAUUCGAAAAAGAAAUCAACUAGAUUCAGUGGAUUAGGUUCAGCACCAUUAUCAUCAUCAAACGCAGAUGCUGACUUUGGACAUUGGGAAAUGUAUACCAAAGGUGUUGGUAGUAAAUUAUUGCAAAAAAUGGGUUAUCAACCAGGAAAAGGUUUAGGUAAAAAUCUCCAGGGUAUAAUCGAACCGAUUGAAGCGAAAAAAAGACCCGGUACUGGAUCGAUUGGUCUUUAUGGUCCUGAAACGACGGCAAGAAAAUUACGAAAAGGUGUUGAGGAUGAUGAUGAUGAUGAUGAUUCCGAACAAAAAGAUCAACAUAAUAAUGAGAAAAAAUCUAUCAACGAAAAAGAUUGGAAACGUAAUGAUGGAAUGAAAAAAAUCAAAACAAUAAAAGUUUAUGAAAAAUCAACCGAUGAUAUUAUUCGUGAUAGUGUUAAAAAAUCAUGGUCAAAUCAAAAUGAUGAUUAUCUAACUGGUAUGAAAAUUAUCGAUAUGACUGGACCACAACAACAAAUAUUAUCCGGUUUGACCAAACUUCAUCAAUCAAAACCGAUCAAACCAAAAGAUGAUUAUCGUAUAACUGAAUUUAAUACUCGAUUUGAUAUACCAGAAUUACGACAAAAUAUGGAACGACUGAUAAUGUUAUCGGAAAAAAAUCUAGUUAAAAGAAAACGUGAAUAUGAUCGUAAUUGUAAUCAAAUUGAAAAUCUAAACGAAGAACGUGAACGUUUGAUUGGAUUGGAUAAUGUUUAUCAACGACAAUUAAAAACAAUACAGGCAAUCGAAACAUUUAUCGAAUCAUUGGAAGAAACGAAACAUGAUCUAUCAUUUGAAAAAGGAUUGGAAAAUUUUGAAAAUUUUUUCACUAAAUUUUCUACCGAAGAAAAUGAUGAACUAAAACGACAACUUCGAUCAUUAAAAUUCGAUACAAUUAUUAAAUCAGUAUUUGGACCGAUAAUUCGUCGUGAAUUACGAACCUGGCAUCCAUUCGAUAAUUUUGCCAUGGAUUAUUCUGGUCAUUUUGAGCGAUUACGUUCAUUAAUAUUGAAAUCAAAAACAUUUGAAUUAAUAUUAUGGCAAUAUUGGUUACCAAUUGUUAGUCGAUCUAUGCAAACAAUUUCAUUGAAAAUACAAUUUGAAUCGAUUAUUGCAUUUGUUGAAAAAUGGCAAAAAAUAUUACCCAAAUGGUUAUAUGAAUAUUUUAUUGCUAAUAGUUUAUUACCAAAAAUGCGUUCCGAAGUUGAUGAUUGGAAUCCAUUAACCGAUACAAUAUCGAUACAUUCAUGGAUUCAUCCAUGGCUUCCAGUAUUGUUGACAACAAAAACUUCCACCAAUAAUAAUUCCGAAGAUGAAUUAAAUUUUCUAUUCGAACCAAUCUAUGAAAUAAUACGUUCAAAAUUAUCAAAUGCAUUAAAAAAUUGGCAUCCAAAUGAUUGUUCAGCAAGAUUAAUAUUAGAACCAUGGAAAAAUGUAUUUAAAGAAUCAUCGAUGCAAUCAUUUUUAGAACAAAAUAUUGUACCAAAAUUAGAACAAACAAUGCAACAAUGGCAACUAAAUCCUAAUCAACAAUCAUUAAAUGAAUGGAAUUGGCUAAUACAAUGGUCAUCAUUAUUAUCAUUGAAUACGAUUGUAUCGAUUUUGGAACGUACAUUUUUUCCUAAAUGGCUUAAUGUUCUAUAUGUAUGGUUAAAUUCAGGUGUUGCAAAUUUUCAAGAAAUUAGUAACUGGUAUCAAGGUUGGAAAACAUUAAUGGGUAAUGAUCUUAUUAAUCAUAUUAUUGUAAAAGAAUUUCUACGUAAAGCAUUAAUUAUGAUGGAUCAUGCUGUUAAUCUGGAAACUGGAUUGAAAAGUUUUAUUUCCUAUUAUGAUCCAAAUGUUAAUAUUCAUAAUCAACAACAGCAACCGUCGACGACAACUGCAACGGUGCCACAAACACCACAGCAACCACCACCACAAUCAUCGAUUAUUGAUGAUCAAAUAAAUUUCCGUCAAAUGAUCGAAAUGAAAGCGGCUGAAAAUGGUAUAAUAUUUAUGCCAUUAGCUAAUCGUUUUGAAAAUGGUCAUCAAAUAUUUAAAUUUGGUUCAUUUUUAAUCUAUAUCGAUAAUCGUGUUAUAUUUCAGAAUCGUUUUCAAAAUGGUCAACGUUUAUGGUUACCUGUUGCACUUUCCGAUUUACUUUCAAAUCAAGUUUGAUUUUUCUUUAGAGAGAACUGUAAAUAGAUUUUUAUAAA